AGCCUUUUCAUAAAUCUGUAAGAAGACUCCCCCUCGCAUCACACUGGCGGCCAGCAGCAGCAGCCCCUCUGUCGUCUCGGCUAUGGCGUUUUCUCUUCGUCUUUUGAUGUUCGUAGCUGCAGCUCUGGUGCCCACCCUUUGUUUUAACGUUGAUCCGGUAAGCUGGAAGGAUUUCGGAGGCUCUGAAUCAUCUUUUGGCUAUAAAGCUCUUAUGAUCGACUCUGACAGUAUUAUUGUGAGUGCACCUCUUGAGACGAGUGGCAGCAAGCGUGGGAGGCUUUAUAAAUGUACAAUGAGGAAUGGCAGAUGUACAGCAGAUACUAUAAAUGGACCCACUUAUGCCAUAAAUGUUUCUCUUGGGCUUUCGAUGGAUGUACAGUUCAAUCCUGAACCUCAGUUACUGGCAUGUGGACCCACCUUAGCAAGAAAAUGUGAACAGUUUGUGACUUACAAUGGUAUCUGCUACCAGCUGAACCAGGACCUAAGUCAGCCGGUUCAAUUUCCAGACCGGCUCAAAGAAUGUCCGCAGGUCUCCCCAACUGACAUUGUCUUCCUUAUGGAUGGAUCUGGAAGUGUAAAGUCUAAUCAGUUUACUGAAAUGAAGACCUUCAUCAAAGCUUUGAUCAAGAAGUUCAUGGGAAGGAACACACAGUUUGCUGUGGCACAGUAUUCAAGCAGCUUCAGGACAGAAAUGAGCUUUACACAAUUCAAUCAAAAGAAAUCUUCCAAUCUGUGGGAAUGGACCAUCGAUGUGAUUACUCAAAUGAGGCAGCUCACUCACACUCCAUCGGCCAUCCGGAAAGUUGUAAGGGAAGUGUUCACCAGCAGUGCCGGUUCCCGUUCCAAUGCCAACAAAGUCCUCAUUGUCAUCACAGAUGGAGUAACGUAUGGAGAUGACACACCACUAAGUGAAGUGGCACGAGAAGCUCAGAACAAGGGCGUCAUUCGAUAUGCUGUUGGGGUAGGGGAUGCAUUUAAUAAUGAUAAAGCAAAUGAAGAGUUAAGAACCAUCGCCUCUAAUCCACCUGAUCAGUACGUCUUCAAAGUUACCGACUUUAACGCUUUGGACAGCAUCAAGGACAAGCUGCAAGACAGGAUUUUCGCCAUUGAAGGGACGCAGGCAUCGGGCGAAUCCCUUCAGCUGGAGAUGGCGCAGGAAGGAUUCAGUGCUUUACUUCUUCCUGAUUGGAUUGUGGUUGGGGCCGUUGGGGCCUACGAGUGGACAGGAGCCUUCAUGAAGAAGAGGCCUCAGUCUCAGUCUUUGUUGGAGCAGAAGGUCCAUAUACCAAAAGGAUCUUAUUUAGGAUAUUCAGUAAAAGCAUUCCGGCAUCAGAGUACCACUUUCUUGGCAUUGGGAGCACCGCGCUACUCGCACAAAGGAGCAGUUUCAGUGACCACCUUGGAUGGAUGGGAAGUGCAGAAGAUAGAUGGCAGUCAGGUUGGCUCUUACUUUGGUGCAGAGCUUUGCAUGGUGGACUUCAAGAACAGUGGCACCAGUGACCUUCUGCUGAUUGGAGCACCCAUGCACUAUGAAAAUGGCAGAGAAGGUCAGGUCACAGUCUGCACUUUGAAAAGGAAUUUUCGAAAACCUUUAUUCAAUUGUGACAAGACCCUAUAUGGACAAAGCACAGAAGUCCACUCCAGGUUUGGGGCCACUCUGGCAGAGGUUCAAGACUUCAAUGGAGAUUCCAUCAAAGACGUGGUGAUUGGGGCUCCAAUGGAGAACAACGGCCAGGGAAGCAUCUACUUGUACCACGGGAAACUGAUGGGACUAACGCUCCAGUUCAGCCAGCGAAUUGAAGCCUCUAAAGUCUCCAGAGGUUUGCAGUACUUUGGCCAGUCUGUACACGGCAUCAUGGACAUCAGCGGUGACAACAUCCCGGACCUCGUCAUUGGCGCACUUGGCAAAGUGUUCAUCCUGAGGUCCCGGCCAAUCUUUGCAGUGAAGACCACCAUGAAGUUCUCUCCGGAUAUGAUCAAAGUGGAAAGUGGCGACUGCGAAAACAAAUACAUGGAGCACAGGCUCACCAUCUGCUUCACUCUAAUCAAAAAAACCAACGAUAACCAAGGCCAGCUUUCCGCCAGCAUUAACUACACGCUCUCCGUUGAUGCAAAGAGGACCCGGCCGAGAGCGCAGUUUCCUAACAAAAGUCAACAUAUAAAUGCAGUAGUGAGCACAGCUAAACAAAACCCAUGCCAAGAUCAUUCAAUAUCUGUAACGAUGUGUCCUGAAGAUUCGCUGACUCCUGUGGAUGUUGAAUUGAAGUUCAUGUUUCUCGGUGACCGCAGUCCAGAUAACCGAUUUUCCAGUCCUAUUCUGGAUCAAGAGAAUCCAACCAGUGAUACUGCUGAGCUGAACUUUGAGCAAAACUGCGGCGAGGACAAAGAGUGUAAAGACUUUCUGCGGCUCUCCUUCAACUUCUCGGGGGCCUCCUACAUCGGGGUGGGCAUAUCCACAGUCCUCAACCUGACCGUCUCCAUUCAGAAUGACCAUGAAGACUCCUACAACACUGAGGUCGCUUUCCUGUACCCCCGUGGCCUCUCCUACCGGCGUAUCACGCUUCUGCAGACGAACAGCAGAAUGACCAUCCGCUGCGACUCGGCCCCAAGCAAAGAUGAGGAUCUGUUUCGAUUGAGCACUUGCGCCAUCAACAAGCCCAUCUUCCGCUCUCUUUCCAAGGCUGUAUUUGUGGCCACUUUUGAUGUCGAUGGAAACAGCGAGUUUGAUCCCAGGGUGAACAUUUCUGCCACUGCACUCAGCAGCAACAAGGAGAGAAUCACAAAUGAGAGCCGCUUCUCCAAAGAGAUUCCCGUGAAAUUUGCUGUCAACAUCCUCGUAAGAAACAAGCCUGAAGAUUCGACAAAAUACGUCAACUUCUCGUUAGCACGGGAGGACAUGCAGCGUGCUGUGGAGCACCACUAUGAGGUGGGCAAUCUUGGACAAAGGCAGGUGCCUGUCAAUCUAACAGUGAAGGUACCGGUCAAACUGGGACAAACCAACAUCUGGAAGGGUCUGGAUUUUGUACAUAAUUCCAUUUGCAGUUCCACUGAAGAAGUGCCACCUUUCCAAAAUGUGAAUUUCGAAGAAAUCAUGACGUCCUCAGAGGUUGUGAACUGCACCAUUGCACACUGCAGGGUGUUCAACUGCAUGCUGGGAAGUCUGGAAACCAAAAAUCCAAUCCCUUUCAAGCUGAAAGGAAACAUGACGUCGGGAUGGAUUGCACAGACCAAGCAAAAAAAAUUGAGUCUACAGAGCAGCGCCACUUUAAGCUUCAACGAGGACCUGUACAUCCAUCUGUUCACCACAAGCAGCAACCGUUACCUCCAAAUCCAGGCAUCCACAGUGAUUGAACUUUAUGAAGAGGUUAACUUCAUCCCGAUCAUACUGGGGAGCUGUGUUGGUGGUCUUGUUCUGCUGGCCCUGAUAACAGCUGGUCUGUAUAAGGCUGGUUUCUUCAAGAGGCAGUACAAAACAAUGAUGAAUGAGCAUGAGGACCCCUGUGAUGCACCCCCGGAUGGAGCAGCCUCCCCGAAUGAUGAAUAGGAUCUUGCACGGACCCCCUCAGAGAAACGCACAGACGGCCAGUUGUGAAGGAUGCCCCCAGCAACCGUGAUAUAUCUGUGAGAUCCAAGAACAUCAUCUUUGGUGGCCUCCAGACUGGGCUGAUGGUUACUUCCAUCUCAAGCCAGUGACGAGACUUUGUGCAGGACCCUCAGGAUAUUUAAAGACCCACAUCUACAGUAAAUAUGUGUUCUUAAUCAGGCGCCGCCACUUUCUAGAGUGUGAACUUUGGAUGUUAUCGCUGGAUUUCCACAAGCUUUUCAGGAUGCCCUCCCUUGGCUAAUUGUUUUUACUGCUGAAGACCAAGCUGGCGAUGACCCCAUGAGAAUCGGCACUUUGAGGCUACCAUGCAGAUCUUGAACUUUGGAAAGGUACAAAAGAGACAACGGUAAUUAGUAAAAUGCCACCAAGGAUUACCUAGUGGUGGCACUGCAAUAAGAAAUGGACUACGUACCCCCAUUUGUUGUUUGUUUAAAUAUUAUUUCAAGCUUGGUAGCUGUCCACCUUGCUCACUUUUGUUAAUUUUAAUGAAACAACGUUCCUCAUCCUGCA